AUUUUCAGCAUUUUAUGUGCCAAAAAAGCUUUAUAUAUAGGCCUGCCCUCUAAGUUUUGCACAGAACAACUUUUGCUGAGUCCACACUGAUACAUCUGUCGCUACCUUUGAGUAUUUGAGUAUCAUCAGAACCACCACUACCUUGCUUAAUUUUCUUCCAUCACUUUCUUCACAAUCUUCAAACCCAUAGCUCUCAUCAAAUGGCAGCUUUUUCAUACCAAUACUACCAUCCCUUUCUUGUUGACUCCACAUGUUUCCCUACGAAUACUACUAUGUCUUCUUUGGAGGAACAUGCCCUUAUGAAUACUCCGCUUCCUCUUCCUUCUCAUCACCAAUAUAUUCACUCUAUUCAUCAAGAAACUUCUUCUAGUGUCACCAAUCAGGAAACUAGUUGUGUUGAUCAAAGUUCCAAGGUUACUAUCAGUGACACUGAACCUUCUGUGGUUAAAAACCCAAGUCCUGAGACCUCAAUGGUAGUGGACAAGCUUGAAAAGGGUGAACAGGUCACUCAGAAGGUGAGCCCUACGGAGAAGAAAAAGAGAGCAAGAAAUGGAUCUUCCUUGGUUAGCCCCUUAUCAAAGGACUCAAGGGAAGGGGGAAACAAAAAACAAAAGAAGAGUAAUGGAGGGGUAAAGCCAAAAGAAGAGAAGAAGGAUCAGAAAAAAGGUGCUGAAGAGCCUCCAACGGGGUAUAUCCACGUCAGAGCAAGAAGGGGUCAAGCAACGGAUAGCCACAGCCUUGCUGAAAGGGUAAGAAGAGAGAAAAUAAGUGAAAGGAUGAAGAUGUUGCAACGACUUGUGCCAGGCUGUGAUAAGGUAACCGGAAAGGCCCUUGUGUUGGACGAAAUAAUCAAUUAUGUUCAGUCCUUACAGAAUCAAGUGGAGUUCUUGUCAAUGAAACUUGCCUCCGUGAAUCCCAUGUUCUUUGACUUGUCAAUGGACCUAGACACCCUGUUGGUUAGACCUGAUCAGAAAUUAAAUAAUAUAGCAUCAGCAUCACCAAUAGUUCCAUGUGCACCACAAUGCCGACCCAACCAGACCACAGCUUUUGCUGACACAGCCACCUUGACUACCACCAACAACAACACCUUCGCCACCGCUAAUAAUGACUAUCUUUUGGAUUAUUCAUCUUCACUUUUUCUUCAAGGGCAGAGGUCGAAUGUCUUCUUUGAGUAUACCGGUGGUCAGUUUUGGGACGUAGAAGACCAGCGACCAAAGUUUCUUAAUCCAUAUGGAUUUGACAAUAAUUCGUGUUCCUUCAACUGAUAUCAAAUUUUACAGCGCUCCCCUACAAUGCUUCAAACAUGUUGAAGUAACUAGUAGGUUGGGAAAUUCCAAACAAGUGACAGUAGCAAUGAAAAAGAGAUUCUUAUGCAUGAGCACGAAAAACCAAAGUUACGGUUGGUAUCACUACUGUAUGCGAAUAUAUGAUCAUUUAGAAGAAUGGGGAAUUCGUGGUAUAAGGAUAAUGGUUUGGUUCCUUCCUAGUCCACCAGAUUAAAGAGACCUUUGAACAUGAUGAAUAAAGUGCAACAAAAUUAAUGGAUGAAGAACACGAAGGACAGAAAAUGCCGACCAAAUAAGACCAUAUCUUUUACUAGAUCCUUUGUUCUGUUCCUGUACAAUAUACAUAAUGCGCAAAUUCCAAGACACUCUGUGUCAAUCCUACAGACACCAGACAUUGAAAUUUAUGUCAUGAAAAUUAUUAAAGAAAAUUGAUUCUUGUGGUGGCAGUUAUUCUGUUGAUACAGUUAAUGUCACCGUUAUUCAGCAAUGAAAUUUUGAUGCUACUCAUCAGGCCUUGACAA